UGCCGCUUCUUUGCCCACUGAACAGUCAUGAGAAGGCAACUCCGGUCCAGAAGGGCUCUGGCCUUUCCUUAUGGUUAUCGCUACAGACUUGAUGAUCAGGAUGAAGUAAACCAGAACUAUUUAGCAGAUGAAGAGGAGGAAGCAGAAGAAGAGGCUCAGGUGAUGGUGGUGCCCAAUCUGGAGAAGGAGGAAGAGGAGGAAGAGGAAGAAGAGGAGAAAAAGGAGGAGGAAGAGGGGCAGGGUCAGCCAACAGGCAAUGCCUGGUGGAGGAAAUUGCAGAUCAUGAACGAAUACCUGUGGGAUCCGGAGAGAAGGAUGUCUCUGGCCCGAACAGGUCAGAGUUGGAGCCUGAUCUUAGUCAUUUACUUCUUCUUCUAUGCCUCCCUGGCUGCUGUGAUCACUCUCUGCAUGUACACGCUAUUUCUGACCAUCAGUCCUUACAUGCCGACCUUCACUGAGCAGAUGAAGCCUCCUGGAGUUAUGAUCAGACCCUUCGCCCAUAGCCUUAACUUCAACUUCAACGUUUCUGAACCUGACACUUGGCAGCAUUAUGUGAUCAGCCUAAAUGGCUUUCUCCAGGGUUAUAAUGACAGUCUUCAAGAAGAAAUGAAUGUAGAUUGUCCACCGGGUCAGUACUUCAUCCAAGAUGGCGAUGAGGAUGAGGACAAGAAGGCCUGCCAGUUCAAGCGCUCCUCCCUGAAGAACUGCUCUGGUCUGGAGGACCCUACUUUUGGAUACUCUACCGGACAGCCCUGCAUCCUUCUCAAGAUGAACCGGUACUUCAUCCAAGACGGCGAUGAGGAUGAGGACAAGAAGGCCUGCCAGUUCAAGCGCUCCUCCCUGAAGAACUGCUCUGGUCUGGAGGACCCUACUUUUGGAUACUCUACCGGACAGCCCUGCAUCCUUCUCAAGAUGAACCGGGUAUAUUGGCUCUUGUAUCUUGUGGUGAUGAGUGGAUAA